GUGGUGGGGGGGGGGGGGGGCGUCACCAGACAAAGAUUUCAGAGCGCAUAUGCAAUUCUGCGUUUCGCGACAGGCGAGGUGGAAAGCACAGCAGCAGCUGCAGCCGCCACACCACCUCUCCCACUCCCUCUUCACCUUGAUGUGAUUGAUAAAUAUGCGUCAAGUCGCCGCCCACUCCUCUCUUCUCUCUCCCCCUUCGCUCGCCACUCUCUUGCUUUCUCCGCUCCGCUCUGCUCACUGUGCAAUAUGCCCCUGUCCAUGGCAUCCUGCUGAGCUCAUCGAGCCCCGCUUCAACGAUGGCAAUGGCGGACGUCGUGGAGGCGCCUCCUACUCCGGAGUACGGCGGCGGCGAAUCCGGGAGGUCCUCGCCGUCCCCGGCCGCGUCGCCGGAGUUCGAGUUCUGGAUGGUGGGCAAGAACCCGUCCUCGUUCCCGUCCCCGGCUCUGCUCACGGCCGACGAGCUCUUCUCCGGCGGCGUCGUGCUCCCGCUCCACACCGUCCAGGUGUCUCCUCUUGACGGCGACUGCGAGGGUGAGCACGGCGCCGACGUGAAUGACUCAGACUCCGCUGCCCUUGCGCUGCCCGAAGCACAAGGGGAGGCCACGCAGCCGCUUGCGGAGUCCGGCAUCGCGCCGACGCCGGACCUCCCGGCGGUGACGUUCAAGUGGAAGGACAUCUUCAAGGCGGGAGGCGGCGGCGAGCCCAAGGACCGCAAGAAGGUGGAGCGGCGUGUGAGCAGCGUCAGCGGGAACGCCGAGCUGAUUAACAUCAACAUAUGGCCAUUCUCCAGGAGCCGCUCCGCCGGCGCAGCUGGCUCCUUCAGCAGGGCCAAGCCAAAUCCAAAUCCCAUUGCCAACGGCCACGCCAAUGCCAGCAUUGCCAACGGCCACGCCAAUGCCAGCAUCGUCACCGCUCCGGCUGCACCCGCACCAGCCGGUCGCAAGGUGAGCAGCGCUCCGUGCUCCCGUAGCAACUCCCGCGGUGAGUCCUCCGGACCUGGUCCGGUCAUUCCCGCCGCCGCUGCAGCAGCAGAUGCGGCGGUGGCCCAGGCGGGGCCGUUGCCCGCCACCACCUCCAUGUUGAGGAGGUGGGUGCCCGGACAGGGCCGUAAUAAUACAGGCCCCGGCGCCACCGGCAUCCGCCUCGGCCGCGCCAACCCCGUCUGGCAGCUCAGGCGCAACAAGCUGCAGCAAGCCGCCGCCGAGCAGAAGCAGGCCGGUUCGAAGAAGAAGGCCGUCCCCGCCGCCGCGACCAGCGACGAGGAGGCUGCACCGAACGUGAGCGCUCCGACGGCCGGCUGCCGGAACAAUGCGGGGUGCCCGGAUGGCAGCGAGGAAGGGAACCCGCCGCAGGGGCUGUUCGGCCUCCGGACCUACUUCUCCAAGAAGGUGUACUGAUCACCACCAAACCACGCGGCAUUGUACAUACAAAUUCGAGCUUUAGGCUCGUUCUUCCACAUCUUUACUACCCCUUCUUUUUCUUUUUCUCCUUCCUCUGUUCU